AGUGAUGGGGGAAAAGAGACGAAGGUACAGCAGCAGCAAUCGUAGCCACACUGAUUACCCCGGUGAGGGCAGCAAGCAAGCAAGAGGGGAGGAGAGGCAGCGGACGGAGAGUUGGGGGUGGAUUACUACAAGAUACUCGGGGUGGGCAAGAACGCUAAGGACGACGAUCUCAAGAAAGCCUAUCGCAAGCUCGCCGCCAUAUAGGGGCAAACGGAGGCGAAGUUCAAGCAGACCUCGGAAGCUUAUGAGGUCCUGAGCGAUCCCCAAAAGCGGGCUGUCUACGACUACCAGUACGGCGAGAAGGGACUCAAGGGCCGGAUCUCCAGCGGCCACCCCAUGAGCUCCGACGAUGCUUUUGCAGAAUACUUCGGGUUUUCCAGCCCGUUUGGUGGGAUGAGCGGCGGCGGCGGCGGUAGCACCAGGACCGGAUCAAGGGUUAAUGAAGAUAUCUUCGGUUCUACCUUUGGCGCGGCUGGGAAGGGUGCAUCGACGAGCUCUCAAGUGCCGCAGAAGGCAGCCACCAUUGAGAAACCGCUGCCGUGCAGCCUCGAGGAGUUGUACAAAGGGACCGUCAAAAAGAUGAAAAUCUCCAGAGAAAUUUUAGGUGUCCUCGGGAAAAUAACGAUUGUGGAAGAAAUCUUAACAAUCGACGUCAAACCAGGAUGGAAGAAGGGCACGAAAAUAACAUUCCCAGAAAAAGGGAAUGAAUCACCAAACCUAGUUCCCGCAGAUAUCGCCUUCAUCAUCGACGAGAAACCUCAUCCUCUAUUCAGAAGGGAAGGCAAUGAUCUGGUUAUGACACAAAAGAUCUCUUUGGCGGAAGCCCUGACCGACUACACAGCUCAUUUGACUACACUUGAUGGUCGAAGCCUCACCAUUCCCAUAAGCAAUGUCAUCCAUCCCGGCUACAAGUUGGUGGUGGCUGGAGAAGGAAUGCCGUUUCCCAAAGAUCCAUCCAGGAAGGGAAAUCUUUGCAUCAAUUUCUACAUCAAGUUCCCGAAGAGGUUGACUGCAGAGCAAAAGGCUCACGUCAAGAGGGCGGCGCUGGUUCCAUGAGAAAAAUGAGAAUUUGAGAAUAUGCAGCUUCUAUUCUAGUUUAGUGCCAUGCAUAUGGAUGUUAACUAAGAAAACAUGGUAUAUAUUAUCAUCUUCUACAUCACUUAAUGUUGUAAUGUAAACAAAGUAACUAGUUGUAUAAUUGUAGGUUGAGAUGCUAGAUGUGUGACUAUUAAUCCAUCAUGUCAAACAAUUACCUGGUUGUAGAAAAUGUCA